UGCGCAGCCCGAUUUCUCUCGUUGCCAACAUCAAAAGACUUGCCAUUCAUCCUCAUAUUCAGUACUUCACCCUCAACAACAUUCUUACACACUAUGGACCCUGCCUCUCUAAGUUUUGGAAUUGUGUCCCUAGCGAUGCAGCUAGUGCAGACAGCAAAAGCCGUCAAGGAAUACAUUGCAGCCUACAAGUCAGCGGCAAAAGAGCUCGAAAGUCUCGCCGACAAGCUUGAAGAUAUCGAGACUAUUUGCUGCUCCUUGGAAAUUAUUCUUUCAGAUGGAACACAGAGACUCAGCACGUUGGAAGUCAAUCUGCUCAAGAAGUUGAGUCGUAUCAUUCGGCAAUGUCUAUCUCAAGUCUCAGAUAUACACAGCAUUCUCGAUACAAUCUCAAGAAUCCAGAAAAAUACCCGAAAUCCGUUGAAGACUGUUGGAGCCCUAUUUCUGCGCUAUAAAGAUCAGAUUCGUCUCGCCACGAAUGGACUGGACCGUUGCCUUUCCUCGCUUCAGCUGCAUAUGACAGCCAAUAUUCUAGCUAUGACUAUGACGUCCCACAAGGCCACCAGGAGUCCUCUACCAACCACAGCUACUUCAACAGCUAGAGAAGCACAGAAGCCACCAAGAGUGAGAAAGCGUGAGCAAUGCGACAAGCGUCAAACACGUCGAAAAAGUCCAGAAACUAUCGUCGAUACAUGGAGACAAGCAUGGAGCACAAAAGAUUUUGUACAAUGGACGAGAAGAACAACGAAAGAAGAAAUCUCAUUAGGCCAAGGCUCAUCAACAAUUCAGGACGAUUCUAUCUUCACGGUAGGUUCUUCAUUACUGAGCCUAUACGUCAAGGUAUCACUACGGCGUGGCAACCUGGCCCCGUUUUGUAUCUCUUUACAGAUACCUCGAGUUAUCUAUCUCCAGGAAAGCCAGCGCCAGAUUGGCGGGAAAGUUGAAUCCGCCUUUAUGGAUGAUAACUUAGGUCAAAUCAAGACAUAUUUUACUCAAGGCAUUCUGACACCUGCAUCAGUCAUUGCCUGGGAUGAAUACGAUCCUGAUAAUGAAACUUCUCUUCUGGGCCUGGCGGCCUUAACAAAAUCCCAGUCAGUUCUCAGAUUUCUCGCAACGCAAACUUUUAGCCUAUCCAACAGAAACCACAUUGGCAGUGCAAGAUAUCUGUACACUUUUAAUGGCCAAGAUGGUCCCAGAUUCGCCCUGGAAUACAUCAAGAUACGGCAAAACUCCAUCUUGGCGUCUGAGUUUCACACGAUCUUACGGGGUAUUGUAGACCCCUACAACGCCCAGAUAUGCAUAGAAGCAUGCAAGCCUCACUUCUCUAGUAAUAUGGUAGUCUUCAAUACUGCGGUCUGGAGAUACGCCAUGAAGCAGUUCAAGCACGAUUUAGCAGUGAACGUCGAAGGAUGGGCAGGCCUUGUUGCAGACUGUGUUUCUCGGGGCUUGGAUAUCCAUCAACAACUUCGACGCGAUACUGACUUCAGUGCCUUGAAAGAUAUUCUGUUCUACAACUGGGACAUUGACGAGAUGUUGGAAAACGUGCACCGCUGGAUAGACAUUUUGGAGGAAGCCGGCGUCAACAUUAAAGAAUACCUCAUGGUCGAGACGGAGUGUUGUUUCGCGACGUGGCGCGAUAUACCAUAUUGGAAUAACAAGGAAAUUGGUUAUUCGAACUACAGACGCCCUCUCUGCAUCAAUGAGUCAAGGGGCAGACAAUUCCCAUUUUGGAACUUCUCCAUUGAGGACGAAUGCCCUGUCAGGGAGCUGUUAACGGAGCAUCAACACUUUGCGACCCCGCUCACAUUGUACCAAGGAGUUUCGACACAAGCUUAUAUUGCACAGCAUGAAGCUUGGAAGCAACAUCAGACCUUGGAGGUUCCGGAUAGAUCUGAUACAUACGGAAAAGGAUGGCCUUUUUGGCUUCCUCUUCGCCAUUACCACGAUUACAAUGCAGAGGAGGCGGAAUGGGUGGAUCGGGAAUUGCAGCUAGCCCAAAACAGGUUUGACAGGAGGCAAAAGCGCAAGCAAGGGAAACUCAGACAUGAUAGGCAGAAACAGCGGAUGCCGAUGCCGGGAACUUGGGUAGAGGAUGCUUGA